AUCAUUUCAAUUAGCCCUUGAAGAAUGAGUUAGCUUAAUGGACAGAGAUGGAGGGGAGGGUAUUCUGGGAGAAACUGUCUAAAUAAAGAUUCAGAGGUUGGUAACGAAUUGAGGUGCUCAAAUAUGACUUUGUCAAACCUAUUAACUAAGUCUUUAUUUUUCUUCCCCUGCCUUCUCUUACCAAUUAGAUAACAUCUGCUGCCUUGGAAGGCUCCUAGCCUCAAGAGAGGAAAUGGCUGCUGGAGUGAUCAGAAAUUUAUGUGACUUUAGGCUUCAGGCUGCCUUCCAUCAACCAUUCUUACCUACUUCUGGCCACCGAGAUCCAGAUUUCCCUGAAACCUCUGAGGAGGAGGAGGAAGAUGGUGAGGAGGAAGAGGAAGGGGAAAAGCUUGGAGACAACCUGGAGCUGGCAGGCAGUAAUCCAGGAUGCCAGAGAUCGGACCAGAACCUGAUAACGGGUCCCACCAGGUCAAGCCCAAGUAGCGCUGAGAUGACUUUGCAACUCCUUCGCUUCUCCGAGCUCAUCAGUUGUGACAUCCAGAAGUACUUUGGCCAGAAGACAAAAGAUGAUGACCCAGAUGCCUGCAACAUUUACGAGGAUUGCCGCCCACCUGGUAAAUCUGCAAGGGAGCUCUACUAUGCAGAUUUGAUGCAAAUCGUCCAGAGUGGGGACCAGGAGGAUGAGGACACUGAUGUCGUAGGUCUCCCUAAGGGCUUAGAUUGCCCCGCCAGGUUCAUCUCCAGCAGAGACAGGUCUCAAAAGCUGGGGCCUCUGGUUGAGCUCUUUGAAUACGGUCUCUGUCAAUAUGCUAGGCAGAGGGUGUCUGACAGUAGGAGGCUGAGGCUUGAAAAGAAGUAUGGCCACAUCACCCCAAUGCACAAAAGGAAGUUGCCCCAGUCCUUCUGGAAGGAGCCGGCUCCCAGCUCCUUAUGUCUGCUCAACACCAGCACACCUGACUUUAGUGACCUGCUUGCCAACUGGACGUCAGAUGUGGCCCAGGAGCUCCACGGUGUGGGAGGCCGGGAGCUGGACAGACAAGCCUUGGAGAUGGAUCAGUUAGAGGAGGUGUAAGCCAGAGUUAUCAGAGCUGCUUUGCCCUCUCACCGAGAUGGAACUGAAAAGAGGGGCUAGGUUUCCCUCCUGGACCAGGCACUGAAACAAUCAGUUCCAGUGGCAGGAUGAAGUAGGAUAUCCUGCCCUGAACUCUCUUCUAUUAUUACUAUCAUCUCCCAUCAUUUAUUGAGAGUCAGUCCCAAACGCCAGUGGGUUAGGGGUCCUACUGCCAGGAAGCUAUACACAUACAUACAUAUAUAUAUAUAUAUAUAUAUAUAUAUACAUAUAUAUAUAUUUUUUUUCAGGUCACCACAGCAGUGAUCUCUCUAGCCCCUCUGUGGGGGCAGUCAUAUCCCCCAUGUUCUCCUUCCCCACAAUGAAGCAACUUCCUGGCUUUAGGAUCUUUAGGAACUGUACCAGGGUUGACAAGAGUUUCUGGACAUCUUAAAGGGCUAACUCAAGCUUCUUUAAGUGUUUCUCCCAACAGCAUGAAGCAAGGCAGGGGUGACACUGGGUGGGGGGAGGGGAUGGCACUGGACCAGGCUGGCAGGAAGCAAACCUUUUGAUGAACUACAAGUGCUCUCCCAGGGAGGCAGGAAGAAAAGGGUGAUGUGUUGAUUAAAUGAACAAACACUGUCUAUUUACUCAUGAGAUAACAGCUGGAGAAUCUCCUCCCCUGUGUUCUCUGCAGGGUUUAAAGGGCAUCUUACAGAAUACUGGAAAUAUAGGGGCUCUCGGGGGUCCCUUGAACUUUCAACUGAGCAGAUUUCUCAGUUCUGUCUUGUACCCAGGCCUCGUGGAUUUUUUUUCCUAGAGACUGAAGAGGCAGGACUUCUGGCACUCCCCCUUCCCCAUCUGAGAGAUGGGAAUAGCUUUUAGAACCAUUAACACUGACUCCUGGGUCACUUGCAGGGUUUUGAAGGAAAGGAUUCUAAAGAAUACUAAACACUACAACUCUCAGCCGCAUCAGUUGUGAUUUUUACUGUAUUUUACUUUUCUGCAUCAACCUUGCUUCUCCAUGAAUAGGUCAGCUCCGACUCUAUUCCAAGGCAAAAAGCUGUGAAAAUCUGGGGGUCUUAAGUUAUAGUCAUCCUGGUCCCCAUGUAUAGCAAAUGGGGAAUUAAAGGAAGAGAAGUAAUGACUAGGAUCCAGCUUCCCAUGAUCCUCUUCAUUCCUACCUUCAAAGGCUAAUAAAAGAUAAUCCUAGGUCUGGGUCCUGCUUGUUUCUUGGAACCCUAACUAAUACAAAGUAAUAGUUUCUCUUGUAUUCUGUGCUGGGGGUUGGGAGUGAGUGAGAUGGGGGAAUCUCUGGAAUCCAGAAACCUGUCAAGCUUUCAGGAGCCUACAUUAGAGCUGUUUCUUAAAAAGAUCUUGGCUUGGCUAGUCAGACAGACUGUUACCAGAUCCCUGGCCUGAGUGAAGAACAUGAAAUCCCUUCUUAGAAUCUGAGCUCUACUAAAGGGUUCUUUUUUUACCUUGAAUGAGGAAGAGGAAAUUGUUGUCCUGUCAUCUCACUAGUCUUUAACAAAAUUCUUCAGCAGCUCCGUGAUA